CCAAUCUUCCUGGAUCUGUAGUCACUGCCUGUAAUGAUUCAUCUGACAUGUCGUCGUUGCAAAGGUCACAAUCUAUGCUAGAGAAAUAUGUACAGAGUAGGAGAUGGACUUUCAUUCAUAGUCAAAGUUAAAUAGCAAUGUUACAGCAGUUCGUUUGAUAUAUAUUCACUAGUCAGUUAAGUUACAUGCAUUUGUGAAGGUCACAUUGUAUCAUAUAGUGUCAUUGAUGUUGAAUUAUCAGUGGAUGUUUGAAAAAUGAAACCUCUCACAAAUCUACCUCUAAUAUCAAGAUUAUCUAGAAAGGUGAUACGCAUUUUAGGAUGCAACGAAGGGCCUAUGACAUUGCAAGGUACAAAUACAUAUCUUGUGGGUACAGGACCUGGGCGUAUAUUAAUUGAUGCAGGCGGGAGAAAAACUGCCAAAGAGUAUACCAAAUUAUUAAAAAAAGUAUUAGAAGAAGAGAGAGCUGUAGUUGUUCAUUUGAUAGUCACCCAUUGGCACUCCGAUCACUUAGGUGGAGUUAAUCAGGUUCAGGAUUUUUUAAAGACAAUGAAUGCUAAUGGAACAGCUAGCACAGUUUGGAAAUUACCUAGAUCUCCAGAGGAUAAAGGCACAAGCAAAGCAGAAAUAUCAACUAAAUGGCAAGCAUUAAAGGAUAAACAGAUAAUGGAAGUUGAGGGUGCUAAACUUUGUGUUGAACAUACUCCAGGACACUCAAGUGAUCAUGCUUGUCUUUUAUUAGAAGAUGAACAAAUAUUAUUUAGCGGAGAUUGUAUUCUUGGAGAAAGAACUGCAAUAUUUGAGGAUUUAUAUGAAUAUAUAGCUUCUCUAAAAAAGAUUUUAUCAAUGAAACCACAAACAAUUUACCCAGGUCACGGGUCAAUUAUAAAAGAUCCAAUAUCUGCAAUUAAUUACUAUAUUAAACAUAGAGAAAAAAGAGAAUCCGAUAUUUUAGGAAUUUUAGAGGAAAAUACAAGAGAUAAUGCAAUGUCUGAAAUGGAUAUUGUGAAACAGAUGUACACGGAUACUUCGCAAAUCUUGUGGGAAGCGGCAGCUUAUAACGUAGAACGCCACCUCGAUAAAUUGUUGAAAGAAGGCAGAGUGAAAGGCGAAAAAGGAAAAUGGCAAAGUAUAUAAUUUAGUUGAAUUUAGUAUGUUAUUUAAUUUCUAAUUGUUAAUUAUCAAACUUUUGGUCACGCUUGUAAAAUAAUACCUAUAAAUACUAUACAAAAUUGACAAAAUACAGUA